UGGAUGUACUUCAUCGACCAAUUUGACUUCACACCAAAGCAUGUCCCCGGCCUCUCCAAUCGCGCAGCAGAUGCACUCUCGCGAAGACCUAAUCUUUGCGCUAUGACACAUCAUGCCUUCGCAUUCGACGAGGAGCUUCAGCGACACUUCAUCCGGGCAUAUCAGUCUGAUCCGGACUUCGGCACGCUCUAUGCAGAGCUAUCUUCGGAUCACCCGCCGACCAGCCAUUACCGCAUUGCCGACGGGUACUUGCUCCUCCACUUGAGAGGCAAGGACUUACUAUGUGUCCCACGCGACCGUCGUCYUCGGACUCGCCUCCUCGGCGAGUACCAUGAUUCACGACUCGCCGGCCAUUUCGGAGUCAACCGCACUAUUGCACGGCUUCAACAGCGAUUCCGAUGGCCCGACCUCAUUACCGAUGUCACUCGGUAUUGCGACUCUUGCGAAGUUUGCCGACGCAGCAAGCCCCGCAACCGCAAUCCCUACGGCGAGUUACACCCGAUGCCUAUCCCAUGGGAACCCGGUCUCUCCAUUGCCAUGGACGUCACCGGUCCGUUCCCUCGCGACCGGCUCGUGCACGACGGCAUCCUCACGGUUGUGGACCGAUUGAAAGACAUUGUCAGCUACCGCGACACUCGUUUCAUGUCGGCAUUUUGGACUGCUCUCAUGCAGGAGUCCGGCACAACAAUGAAACCAAAUUCGGCUCGACACCCUCAGACAGACGGGCAGACGGAGCGGGCACAUCAGACCGCUCAAAUAAUGCUUCGUACGCUCAUCCGUCCGGACCAGAAAGAUUGGGUUGACCGCCUCCCUGACAUCGAGUUCGCCUACAACACUUCGGUGCAUUCGGCGAUCGGCGUGACUCCAUUCGAGUUGCACCACGGUGGACGGAAAGGCCGGAUCUUCGCCGACCUUCUCCUCCCUCGACCAGCCGACAUUGACGCUGCCUGCUCUCCCUCUUCCAUCCGGAAGUACAGGGAAUUGCUGACUCAAGCCCGCGCAAAUAUGCAAAAGGCUCAAGUCCGCAUGCAGCAGCAAGCCAACAGGCGUCGCGUACCAUGUUCCAUCCGCGUCKGUGAUCUGGUUUGGGUCUCCGCGGAAGAGUUUGCACUGGAACAGGAUGUUUCACGCAAACUGCUUCCCAAGUGGUUUGGACCUUGGUCUGUGACAGCAGCCGCGGGCGAUGAGCCUGAUGGCCCUUCAUUUGUGAUCAACAUUCCAAAGCAUCUGACGGUCCAUCCGGUCUUCCAUGCCUCGAAGCUGGCAACUUACACGCCAGCCAAGAGCGACGACUUUCCGGACCGACGAUCGCAGGACCCUCCUUCUAUGGAUGGCCAUCAGGAAGUUGACCGCGUCAUCUCCGAUCGCAAGUACGGCAGCAAGCCGCGGCAGUAUAAAGUCACAUUCAAMGCAUGCGAUCGCGACGACACUCGGUGCGAGCCGGUGAAAAUGCCGCCGGAGAUAGAGGAAGUAGUCGCUAAGUACCCUGAUCUACUUGAAGAGCCGACAGGGGUUGUUGAGAGGGAGGUCGUCCACACGAUAGAGAUUAUCCUAGGGUCUAACAUCCCGAAGGAUAGGAUCUAUCGGAUGUCUCCAGGCGAGCUUGACGAGCUUCGCCAGCAACUCAAGGAACUCAUAGAGAAGGGGUGGAUCCGGCCGAGUGUCUCUCCUUAUGGCUCUCCAGUCUUAUUCGUACCAAAGAAGGGGGGCACUUUGAGGAUGUGCAUUGACUAUAGGGGCCUCGUUGCCAUCACUGUCAAGAACCGAGAGCCCCUACCGCGCAUCGACGAUUUGCUAGAUAGAGUGCAAGGGUGUCGGUACUUCAGUAAGAUAGAUCUGAAGUCCGCGUACCAUCAGAUUGCAAUCCGGCUCGAGGAUCAACACAAAACCGCAUUUCAGACCAGGUAUGGUCUGUACGAGUUUGUGGUGAUGCCUUUCGGCCUUUGCAAUGCUUCUGGAACCUUUCAGCACGCUAUGAAUCGGAUCUUUCAUGACUACUUGGAUAAGUUUGUCAUCGUGUACCUCGAUGACAUACUUAUCUUUAGUAGGACUGUCGAGGAGCAUGUGGCUCAUUUGGACAAAGUCCUUAGUCUCCUUAGACAGCACAAGUUCAAGAUUAACGGUGAGAAGUGCGAGUUUGGCCGCACCCAUAUCUUGUACUUGGGUAAUGAGAUUUAUGUGGAGGGAUUGAAGCCCGAUGACGCGAAGGUGGCCAACAUUCGUGACUGGCCGCGUCCUCAGUCUGUGACUGAGAUGAGGUCCUUCUUAGGGAUGACCAACUAUUAUCGCAAUUUUGUGAAGAACUAUAGCAUAGUUGUCGCCCCUUUGACGGACCUGACCCGCCUUGACACCCCAUGGGAAUGGACAGACAGGUGUGAGGCUGCUUUCAGACAACUGAAGCAUGCGUUUACGCAUCAUGAGGUCUUGAAACUUCCUGAUCCUGACAAGCCAUUUAUAGUAACCACGGAUGCUAGCCAAUAUGGCAUAGGCGUCGUGCUUGCGCAGCAGGAGGGGCCAAAGUUGAGGCAUGUCAAGUACAUGUCCAAAAAGAUGCCCUCUCAGAAGUUUGCUAAGUCCACCUAUGAGAAGGAGCUCUAUGCGAUCUACAAGGCGCUCACCCAUUGGAGGCACUAUCUCCUUGGGAGGUUCUUCUACGUCAGGACUGAUCAUCAGACCCUGAAGUGGAUGAGAACCCAGCCUGUGCUCUCUGACGCUCUGAAGCGUUGGAUUGAAGUCAUAGAGCAGUAUGACUUUGAGCCCCAGUAUAUCAGGGGUGAGUAUAACAAGGUUGCUGAUGCGUUGUCGCGUGUACCUGAUUUCUCCGGAGCGCUGAUUACUGAGUUUGGACUUGCGGACGAUGUCACUCGCUCCAUGGUGGAAGCCUAUCGCGAGGAUCCGUUCAUGUCUGAGAUCAUCCGCAGACUCGAGGCGAAGGACAAAGUGACUUCUGCCGAGUUUGAGUUGGUCAACGACUUGCUGUUCCUUGAGAAGGCUGGGAAUAAGCGUUUGUUUAGUCAGUAUGCUAGGUCAGUUGCAAUGCCGGAAACAGCAAAGAAUGAGUACGUCAUUAAGCUGUUUAAAGAGAACUGGGUCAGAGAUUUCGGACUGCCUAAGUCUAUAAUUAGUGACCGGGAUGUGCGAUUCACCAGUGAACUAUGGAAUGCCGCAGCUGCAGAACAGGGCACUCAGUUGCAAAUGACAUCAGGCAAUCACCCAAAGGCGAAUUGGCAGGCAGAACAGUUGAGCCGCGCUGUACAACACCUGCUGAGGCACUACAUCAAGCCAAAUCAGGUAGACUGGGAUGAGAAACUUGCUCUCAUCGCCAGCCUGUAUAACAAUGCUGUGCAUAGCGCUACGGGAGUGAGCCCGAACAGUCUGCUACUAACCGUCAAGCCUAGACUGCCCUUGGAUUUCUUAUUACCUGAGAACCAGUCCGCUGCUGCACCAGGAACCUUAGAGUUUGCUUAUCGAGAGCAACUGAUGCAGCAGGCAGUCGAACAGAUGCACAAGGCACAAGCGGCGAUGAUAGAAACUGAGAACAAACACUGCCGCCCAUCUACAUUCCAGGUAGGAGAAAGAGUUUAGGUUAAGUCCUCAGAAUUGGGACAAGAGUACGGGAUCUCCCGUAAGCUCAUGCCACAGUA